AUGUACUAUGUCAGUGUGAUCUCCAGUCGUUCUGCGCUCGGCUUGCGGCCUGCGUCAGUUGACGCCUCCAGGACUGAAGACGAGCAAGCAUAUACCGAACAUUCAUUCCGUGAAGCGACUACUGGCAAUCAUUGCACUCGGCGUUAUGAGUCGUUGAAGAACGAUGCCCUCCACUGCUCUCCCAAGGACGCUCGUUCUCGACGAGCACGGCGCUCCAAUUUGUUCAAGUACGAGGACUCCCUCGUCGCUGUCCGGGUUCUGGGCUCAGUGGGCUGGUUCCUCAAGGAUUUCUGGGAGCCUGCACCCCGGCACUCGUUCGGAUACAAGCCCUAUCGCCGGCUGGUAAUCGAGAUAAACUCGUGUUAUGGCGAAGAGGACCCUGAGGAUCUUUAA